AUGCCCGGGAAGCUCCAGAACCGCUACAACCUGGUGGACGACGCGGGCGACGCGCGGGUGCCGCUGCACAACGAGGAAGCGUUCCAGCACGGCAUCCACUUCCAGGCCAAGUACAUUGGUAGCCUGGAUGUGCCAAGACCCAACAGCCGUAUGGAGAUUGUGGCUGCCAUGAGGAGGAUCCGGUAUGAAUUUAAGGCGAAGAACGUGAAGAAGAGAAAAGUCAACAUUGUGGUCUCGGUGGACGGGGUGAAGGUGCUGCUGAGGAAGAAGCCGAAGAGGAAGGAAUGGACCUGGGAUGAAGGCAAAGGCAUGGUGAUGCAUGACCCUGUCUAUCGAAUCUUCUACGUCUCCCACGACUCUCAGGAUCUCAAGAUCUUCAGCUACAUCGCCAGGGACGGCACCAAUGACUCCUUCCGCUGCAACGUUUUCAAGUCCAAAAAGAAGACCCAGGCGAUGCGUGUGGUGAGGACGGUGGGCCAGGCUUUUGAGGUGUGCCAUAAGCUCAGCCUGCAGCACGCCCUCCAGAAUGCCGACGGCCAAGCUGACGGGGCCAGCAACAACUCUACCGACGACGCUCAGAUAGAAGGUCUCCAACCGGUGGAGCCGGCCUUGGCUGACCGAGAGAACAGCCUGGCCGGGUCGGUAGUGGUGUGCCUGCCUGACUGUGGGAUCUGUGAGCUGCCUUUCUCCACGCCUGACCUGGGGGAGCUGAAAAAUGGGCUCGGCCCCAAGGCGAGGGACAGCCAGGACAAGGAGAACAGCGGCUUCCGGCCCUCCUCCGCCCAGCCCCUCGGCAGCCCCUCUUCCUCCGCCUCGGCCACCCCGCUCGCCUCCCAGCACUGCCUGCAGCUGCUCCAGCACCAGCUCUUCCAGCAGCAACAGCAGACGCAGGUGGCAGUUGCACAGGUGCAGCUGCUGGAGGACCAGCUGUCGGCCGAGACGGUGGCCCGCGUGGAGGCCCAGGCUCGGGUCCGCCAGCUGCUCCUGACGAACCGCGAUCUCCUUCAACACGUCUCCCUGCUGGUGAGGCAGCUGACGGAGCUGGAGAUCAGGGUGCAGCUGCGGCGUCCAGUGGAGCGCUCCCUGCAGAACCUCAGCUCGGAGCACUCGCUGUCCUUCAACCUGAAGGACCACUACAGUCUCGAAAUCAACUUGUCUUCCACCUCAACACCAGCCAGCAUAGUGGGCAGCCCCACGACGCAUCUAGCUUCUUACGAAUCCCGCCAGAACUUGACUAACUUGGAGAUGGGCAGUGGACUGUCCGGCAGGCUGGAGAAAGAAGAACACCUGGCGGUUCUGGAAGGGCCUGGCGGACUCCGCAGCGUGGAGGGAUCUGAGGCAGACGAAUGCAGCGGACCCAAUGGAAGCACGCAGCCAACUUGCAGCAGUCCAGAUGCAGCGAUACUGAGGGAAAGAUUGCAGCUGUUCAUCCCCAAACUCAAUCCACCGCCACCAACUCUGCGAAGGAGAUCAAGUAAAACCAUCUCUCCCUGCUUGGAGACAGAGAAGGUUGGGGCGUCUUCCGGGGCCGUCCCUGAACCUUCCGUGCUCAGCAGCCCAGACAACUUCUUUAGGUCUGAGUCUGAAGCCAGGACGCUGGGAGGAAGCCAGAAUUCCAGCACCCAGAUCAAAACUCAAGGCCAGGAGAGUGUUGGGCGGUCAACAGAAGUCCAUACGUUGGUGGAAGCAGCUGAGAACUGGGGGGCCCCACGGCCCUUCUUGAGCAUCGAUGAAACCAGCUUGCACAUCAGUCUGUCUGAGGAUGAGCUUGACUGGAACGGGAGCUGUGUUGCUCAGGCAUAGAAAUGCUUGAGGGACAGACCGUGGCUGAGCGCUCCACAAGACCGAGAUCCCGAAAUGAGUCCAUUAAAGUAACCUGCACGGAAGCAGACGUUGGGAACUGAAGCCGCCGUCUCCAAACGAAGGCAACUUAGGAGGCUCUGAACUCUUCCAGCCCAGAAGCGGGUGUCUUUCUCCAGACACAUCUGAAGGCUCCUAAGAAGUUCCACCCAACUUCUCGGCUGGUUUGCAGACCAUGAUGCCGUCAUGAGCAGUGAACAUCCAACAGGAAGCAUUCUCACCGUCUUCACUCCCCCCUGGAGAAGACCACAGCCCCGAUGGCUGAACAACAAGCCCUGCCGGAAAUUGGUCCCAAGGCUCGAAGGACACCAAGAUAUUUUAGGGGCAAAGAAGCCAGAACAGAUAAUUUGCAAGUGGCCUAGAUAAUGCAAAAACCAAAACAGAAACGGGGAGGUUCCACCACUUGGCCAACAAAGGUCAACAUCUGGUAGCUGAGAGAGAGAGCUACCUCUAACUGAACAAUGAUUUCCAGAGGUCUCCAUGGAGUUCGUGGGAGACACGCAGGAUGCUCUUCACGGGUCUGUGGGACAGAAGCCGGCUCCUCCCAAACCAGCCGGUUUGGAGCUGAGGGGGACACAUCACUCCCCAGAAGUCUCUUUAGGAGGAGACGGGAGCGAGACAGCCAGAGAGAAUCUGGUGCUUACAAACAAGGAGGCUUUCUUGGGUCCAAAGAAAAAGAUUCUGCAGAGAUUCAGGAAUUUGGGCCAAGUAGCCAAAAUCUGAGAUGGUCCCAUCUGGGGUGAAGGCCAUCUGGGGCGAGCAGAGGCCGCAAUAGCUCCCACCACCAGCCCAAACCCCCCUCAAUACCAGGGGGAUAAACACUCACCAGCAAGGAGCUGUUUGACGAUUUCACCACCUCAUUUCAGGCGCCUGGUUCACCUAGAGCCCCGAAGGAUGACAACUGCAUGGCUGAUGACUACAAAAAGACAAGGCAGAGUCCAGAGUCCAAAAGGGCCAGGAGAGGGGAGGGCCCCCAAAGGAUCAGAAACGAGGUCUUCGUAGUAAAUGUCGGGCAGACACGCAUGAAGGAGCUGACUAAAGCCAUGGAACCUUGCGAAUAGUUACCAGGUAGGAAGGUGUGUGUG